AUGACUUCGGAAAGUCGUCAUUUAAUUACUCGAGAAAAAAUAAUAGUUUUGCGCAUCUCUAGUAAACGUCACAAGACUAAUACCCGCGUUCAACCUACACUGGAUUUGGCAAAUUUUCCUGUUACAGAAACUCUUAAGAUGCUCGCAUCACUACUGGAAAAGAUUACACAUGCAAACGACCAUUUAAAGUCAACUCAUAAUAACAUAAACCAUUCAGAAUCAACGUCUUCUUCCGUGACAGCAACAUCCACUCCAUCCUUCACGCGUUUUCACGCACGUUCAGUUCCUUCAAUAGAUAUUCAUUCAUAUCUUUCAAGAAUAUUAAAAUAUUGUCCUACCACAAAUGAAUGUUUUCUUUCAUUGUUGGUAUAUUUUGAUCGGAUGUCAAAGAAUGCAUCCGCUACUUCUUCGGGGAAAGCCUUUUCUAUCGAUUCUUUCAACAUUCAUCGUCUGAUAAUUGCUGGUAUAAUGGUUUCCUCCAAGUUUUUCUCUGACGUAUUUUUCACAAAUUCAAGAUAUGCAAAGGUGGGAGGAUUACCAGUAUCGGAAUUAAAUCAGCUCGAAUUGGAAUUUCUUGUACUAAACGAUUUUCGCUUAGCAAUAAGCGUGGAAGAAUUACAACGAUACGGCGAUCAAUUACUCAAACAUUGGGUGUUGGAAGAGGAAAUGAAACAAGGUGGGGGCAUAUACGAUAAUAUGCGAUUUCAAAAUAGUUCUGGUAGCCUCAGAUGGGAUUCAGGACAUAACCAUGAUAAGAAUACACAAACUAAACGAACACGACGUUUACACUCUAACGAUGACACAAAUAUAAGCAGAGGUGGUUCAAAAACAUUGAAAGAUGAUGAUCAAUUGGACAAUGGAUACUAUUUUGGUCGUAGCCAUCGUCGAGAUAACAGUUUCUCUUCGUCAAAAUCAUUAAACAUCCCAUAUCAAUCCUCUUUAACUUCGUCACCACAACCAUAUACAACGCAUAUAUCAAAAACUCCUCCUCCUCCAUCUUUAUGUGGCUCUUCACCUUCAUUUGCAUCUACCUCAAGUGGUUCACUCCCUAUUUCAAGUUCUAUAAAUGGUUCGCCAAUGCACGCACCUUUUGCUUCAAGUAGCAUCUUAGGAGGAUCGACCAUAAAGCGAGCGAAUAGCAGCAGCUCUUUAUUUAAUCGUGCGAGGGAUUUAUCAGACGAUUUACAAUAUUCAAGACGUUCUUCGCCGAAAUCGAUUAAUCCUGAAGAUCAUGCUUAUCGAACUGCAGCCGCUUCUCCAUAUUAUUCGGCUCCUUCAAUACCAACUACUUCAACGACUUCGAUGAAUAACAAUAAUAGUAGGGGCGUCCCUCAACCACCGACUUUGGUAACUCCGUCUCCUACGCGGAAUAUCGGAAAUUUCAUGAGACGUAUGUCACAUGACUCGCCUGCAAAUACAUCACAAUAUCCACCAUCUGCUUAUCAUUAUACCGGAUAUCCACCUCAAUCAUCAACACAGUCUUUACCAACUACUCCUGUGACUACAUUACCCUCAAUACAAGGAAUAUCUUAUCCUUCUAUUAUAAGUAACGCUGCCCAUUCUACUGUUACUGCUGCUUUGAAUUAUGCUCGCAGAGCUUCUCUUGCUUUACCGCCACUGCCACGUAACCUAAGCGGAAUUCCCAAUGGCAACGUACCUUCGCCUGUAUCAACCGUCGCUCCUGAUAACUUGGGUCCUGGGUUAGUUAGACGUGGAUCAGUUCCUGCAUGGAAACCGAGGAUUUCUAGUUCUAAUUUGGUAAUGAGUAAUGGAUCUUCAUCAACGUCAGUGUCUUCAAAUCCUGCAGUGAUUAAUGGGAGGCAUGCAAAUGGUAUAGGAAAUAUUUUUAAUAAAUUCACUAAAAGAGGCAGUUGGGUAAUUGUUAAUCAUCCUCAAUCGAAUACCAAUCAUGGGCAUUAUAACCAUAACCACCAUGCACAUCAAAUUAAUCAUCAGCAUGGAAAACUUAAUAAACACGGUUAUUAUCACCCGCAAAGUCAUGACUACGGCAAUGUAUCUAGAUCAUCAUCAUCUGAUUCUAGCCAUUCUUCAUCGACUACAGGUUCAGGUUCGGCUUCGGAUACUUCAGGAGGUUCAGGAAUAGAAUCGUCGAUCCCGGCAUCACGGACUACAAAAAACGGAAAUGAUAAUUCGAAUAUAAAUGGUCCGAAUAAGACUCUUAAAAAUUGA